AGAAGUUGCGGAGGAGGUGCCGUGAUAGGCCCAACCGGACUGCUGAAGAGAUCAAGAAGGGCAUGUGGGGCGUGCACGCCUCUUCCGCCUUGGGCCCGGAAGGGUGAUGUGGCUGGGGCAUCGCUGGCCUCACUAUGUCUGCCAUUUUCAAUUUUCAGAGUCUGUUGACUGUAAUCUUGCUGCUUAUAUGUACCUGUGCUUAUAUCCGGUCCUUGGCACCCAGCCUCCUGGACAGAAAUAAAACUGGACUAUUGGGAAUAUUUUGGAAGUGUGCCAGAAUUGGUGAACGAAAGAGUCCUUAUGUUGCAGUAUGCUGUGUAGUGAUGGCCUUCAGCAUCCUUUUCAUACAGUAGCUUGGAAAAAUGCCAGAAUUUAAUUGCCAUCAGACUUCAGUGUGAACAAGGACUUAUCUGCAGAAAAUAAUGGAAAGAAUAGUUAACCCUUUUAUCUCUGAACAUUGAAUGAGAGAAAUUUCCAGAUGGUGUUUUCUAUUUUUAUGUUAUUGGACCAAUGUUCUGUAUAAAUAACUAAGAUACAACCAUUUGAUACACAGAGUUUAAUAGUCUGUAACAAUCAACCUCAGUACUGUUGCUACAAUAUUACAUUUUGUGCAAAUGUCAUUCUGUUGUGUCUGAUAUCAGUUUUUAGUAGGGUAUUUUUAAGGCACAUAGUAGAAAACAAAAUUGGUGAAUUACUCAAGUUCCUUUCACUGUGAUUUAGAAAUGAUAAGUCUUUACAGAAUGAGACCUUUUUGGAUUAGCUUUUUAAUUGAGAAAUGGUUCAAUUUUGUGUUGGUAAGGAUUGCAUUCAUAUUCAAUAAUGCUUACUUUUCCUCUGGCCAUACGAGUUUGACCAUUAACCAGAGUGCCUCUACUCUUAACAAAUUUUGUAGUUUAUUACAGGUGUUUAAAAUAUUUAAAAAUAAGCCCAUGCAGUUCUUAAGGAGUCAGAUAAAUGGGAUGUGACUUAAAAGCAGUACUAGGAAAAUGUUUAUAUUUAAUAUAAGAGGAUUUAGACUAGGCUGAUUGACUAUGGAUAUGUCUUAAGCAUGAGUUGGACCAGCUAGCUGUUGUUCUCUGAAAAAGAUAACAUUCUUAGAAUGAAAAGAACAAAACAGAAUGAUUUGUAGGAUGAUAAUUCAGUGGUUUUUAUUCUUUUUAAUGUUGACUUUUCAAAAUGUUCAUUUAUUUUAGUUGCCCCCCCAAAUGAACUGAAUUUUUGUUUAAUUAUUUUAAUACAGCACUUUCAAUCUAGUUUAUUUUCUGCCAACUUGAAUUAGAAUCUCUCAUAACUUUUUAGAUGAUAAACAGAUCUCAUAUCUACCAUCUACACUAAUGGCAUAAAUAUCUUUCUUUGAGCUUUUUUAUCAAAGGAAGACUAAUUUUUAGUCGAUAAAACAAAUAUUGGGAAUAUAACUUACAGAUCUCACAAGAGGACAGUUAUAAAUUUAUGGUUAACAUUUCUUUAGGUCAAGCUAAAAUUAACAUACUAUUUCCAAGCUAAGAGGAGCUUAAAUCUUACCAAAAAUUUCCCCAUUGUAGGUAGUGUUUAUUAAUUAGAUGUUAUUUUUAAUCUAUUAGUAUCUGUUUCUAUAGAAACAGUAUAGAAUUUGAAACUAUCAGUUUUUAAAGGCCACUUUAAACUACUUGGAAUGAAUCCUAGGAAACAUCUAGUACAGCUAAUGUAUUGCCCUGUCUGUGGUUGGUUAAAAGUGGCAUUUUAUUUUGGACAAGCAAUCUGGUUAUGAUAAUUGUUUCUACUCUGAACUACAUCUUGGGCUUUGUAUUAGGUCAAGGAUCUUUAGGCUAUCCCCAAAAUAGGACACUUGUCAGCAUACCCAUGCAGAGAAGUCACCUUUCUAGGUCUAAUUUCUGGGUGGCCAUGUGUUGUCCAACUCUGCUGCCAACUGGACUUUCCACAAAAGCUCUGUCAGCUUUUUUUUUUUUUUUUUUUUUUUUUUAAUAACACAAAUCUAGUUAUGAAAAAGGAAAGAGGAUUCUAGAAAUCAGUUCUAAGAUAUUUUAAUUUGGCAUUUUCAAGAAGGAGGUGGAAAGAAAAGGAAAAAAUUAUUUUCUUGGGAAAAUUUAUGGUACCCAGAGCGGUAGUGCAUGCCUGUAAUCCCAGCAGCUUGGGAGGCUGAGGCAGUAGGAUCGCAAGUUCAAAGCCAGCCUCAACUACAGUGAGGUGCUAUACAACUCAGUGAGACACUGUCUCUAAAUAAAAUACAAAACAGGAUUGGAGAUGUGGCUCAGUAAAUUGAAAAAAAAAAAAAAAAAGAAAAAAAUUUUGUGGUAACAUAUAAAAUUGUACUAUGUAUAGGUGUUGAACAGAGUGGGAGGCAGCUUAUUCCUAACCCAAAACAUUCUGACCUUUUGAAACACAAGCUCUUUGGGAGGUGGAGAAAAGACACAAGAUCUAUGAAGAAAAGCAAUUAGCAUUUUCUUUAAUGUAUGUUUUUCAAGGAGUUACCAUUGAAUCUUGUUUUCUAACCCAAGGGCAGUGUAGAUGGUUUUAAGCCCACAGAAUAUUCAGAUAUUUGCCUACUAGUAGGUGGAAGGUGGUGGGAUGUAAAAGAAGAUUAAAGAUUGGCCUAAGCAUCAAAAGAUCUCCCCUACAUCUGUCACAUAGACUUGCCACAGAACUUGAAGUUAGGAUGCAUGCAGAAGUUCAUACCAUGCUAGGUUCAGAUGCUCUUCCUAGCUUCAUUUCAUGCUUUUGCUUCUUUUAAAAAUCUCUCUGAGAUUUUGUUUUGUGCUUACACUUAGUUCCUGGUUAGCUUCAGCUGUGCUAGCAACAGGGGUAGGUCUCCUUUCUGGGCAGUCUUAAAAGAGGGUCAAUCAAAAAGCCAGAGUCUAUAGAAUUCCCCCAUAAACUUAAAAGUUGAGAUUCAAGUCCAAAAGUGUCUUGUUAAAGUUUGUUCUACUGUUCCAGGCACUCACCUGAAUGUUCUUACAUGUUCACAUUCAAAAUAGUUUUCCAUGCUGGGAAAAAUAGCAAUAUGUAAUUUGUAAUAGACUUCUUCAUCUUAGUAAUAAGAUGAUUAGUCUAGUUUUAGGACAAAACAGGUUUGACUGAAAUAGGUUUUCCAAGUUUACAAAGUAAAAAACAAACAGAUCUCUGCCUCCUUUUAUGAAAAAGAUUUAACACUUGUAAAUAAAAUAUUCAUGUGUCAAAAAGCAUUUAUAGAAUGCAUAUGUUAGAUUAUUGAAAAUAGAAGCGAUAAGUACUCAGUUUCUUCUCUGUAGUCAAAAUGUAGUAAGAAAUGAAGUUAUGUAUAUAAUGGAUAACAGUUACUGAGAUAGUCCCAGGAUCUAUUUAUAAGACACUAAAGAGGGUGACAGUUUUGUCAGAAUGUGAAUUUCUUUUCAGAAGAGCAGUAGAAAAGCUGAACUUGAAAGUGUGGUGCAAGAGCACAGUGGUGUUAUGAAGAUAUAAAUAAAUACCUAGUUUUUUGUGCCCACUGCAGAGUAUUAAGACAGAAACCAAAAAGCUGGACAGAUGUUAAAUCCUAAAGGAUCUUUUAUUUUUCUCAUUCCUAUCCAUCACCUACCUCAAAAUUGAAGUUGAAUAUGUUUUCCCUCCUGCCUAAUACAAAACUCCUUCAAGAAGAAGGUAGCUAGAGACAAUAACCUGUUAGGUUAGUAUUUUCAGAAGCUUGUACUCCAUGCCAAAAGCAUCCCUGAUGUUAAAGCACACAUCUCCCCAAGAAAUUAGGGUGACUACACUGUCUUGAUGCCCAGAAAAUAUUUCCAGUAAGCAGGGACUUGCGCUUUUAUCAAGCUUUUGAGAAAUCACUAAAUCUUAAGCUCAAACAAGACUGGAAGACUCUUAGGGACCACUCUUCACUUCCUUGGUAUCCAUCCACUAACAAUAAAUGUUCAAAAUAUGUAGCUAAUAUUAGCAUUGUGAGUACUACUCAACCUUGAUAAUCUGCAAAUCACUAAUAGCUUCUGAAAAGUACCUCCAACAUCAUAUACUGCCUUCCCAUGAUUUCUUUUACUUUGCCCAGACUAAUCCCAAAAUAAUCUGAAAUGCUACUUCAAUAUUAGGAAAAGGAAGAGAUAUAUGUCCUGUGAUUUUUAAGAGUAUAGAGAUACUCAUCCUAAUCUCUGGUUAGUUCAUAUGUCUGGUGUGUAAUAAAAAUUAAAGUGAACUUUCAA